UUUAUAUACACAAACAAUUUCUCUCUUCUACUCAAUUAGAAGUUUUUCUUCUUCGUAUCACACCAUCGAUCCUUUUUUCAGUUUUGAUCGAUAUUAACAUGGCUUAUCAUCGCCUCCCAAAUUUGGUGUUAUCAUUUCUGGUUCUUACAUUUUCUUUUUGUAUCAGCAGCGUAAUGGUUGCUGAGGCACACCAGUUGUUAGAGACUCCUAGCCUUCCAAAGGUACCUGAGAUUCCAAAGCCCGAGCUUCCCAAGUUGCCCGAACUGCCAAAGUUUGAAAUUCCUAAAGUUCCCGAACUACCAAAGCCUGAAGCCCCUAAAUUGCCUGAGGUACCUCAUGAGUUGCCAAAGCCUGAAAUUCCCAAGAUUCCUGAAGUGCCAAAACCCGAAGCCCCAAAGUUGCCUGAGCUGCCUCAUGAGCUGUCAAAGCCUCAAAUUCCCAAGGUUCCUGAACUGCCAAAAUCCGAAGCCCCAAAGUUGCCUGAGGUGCCAAAGCCUGAACUCCCAAAGCCUGAACUCCCUAAGUUGCAUGAAUUGAGCCAUAAUGAUGAUACCCCUAAGGUACCCGAAUUGCCAAAACUUGAUGCUCCUGAGUUGCCUGAAUUGCCAAAACUUGAAGUUCCAAAGAUGCCAGAGUUGCCAAAAUUUGAAGUUCCUAAGUUGCCUGAAAUGCCCCAUGAAUUUCCUAAGCUUGACAUUCCUAGAUUACCUGAACUCCCACAUGAGCUUCCUAAACCCAAUUUUCCAACCAUUCCUGGUCUUUCCAAGGAUAACUCUAUGCCUUCCCUCAACACCCCACCAAAGACCAGUAAGCCUUGAGCAUUUAAUGGGCUGCUCCUGGUUUCAGUAGCAGAUAUAAAUAUUGUUUGAUCACUUGUGUGUUAUUUCUAUGUGAAGUUUCUUUAGCUGCCAAUAGGAUCCCGAUGUCCUUUUAUAGUUACAAAAUUUUACCCAUAUAUUAUUCUAUACGUGUUAUUGAAUAUUUAAUGUAAGUUUCUAUCGAUUAUAGUUUUUGUAUUUCUUUUUUUGA